GUUGCCACGUACCAGUUGCCGUGGCGAUGUCUAGGCCUGCUAGGCGUAGCACGUGCAUACCCAUGGCUGCCUGUUAAGAUCCAGGAUUAGGUUACAAUAGGCUAGGUUCAGCAGCAGCGUUGAGCUUCCGGAUCGAACACCAGCACGCGGGAAAACAUGUUGACCAUGCCGGCGGCAACCGCCGGGGCGAUGAUGAUGCUGCUGCUGCUCGUUUGCUCGUGCUGCAUCUCUCGCGCGUUCUUGUGCUCGCCCCUGUCUGGACGAGAGUGCUCGCCGCCGCCAGUCAUGGAAACGUAUCGACUCCGAUCACACGGUGAACGGUUAAGUAGACGGUUUACGCUCAGGCAAGCGACCUCGAGGACUAGUGAUGCUCGCAACGGUCUGUACAGCAACAACGGUGGCGGAGGCGCACGAUCAUCAACUUUCAGCGACAGCUUUGUUCGAUGCGACAAAGAAAGUGACGAUAACAGAGUUGACCGCGGCGACGGUGGGGAUGAGACCCUUUCAAUCACGACGUUCAACGUUCUGGCCCCGAUAUUCAAGCGGGUGGGCAACGGAAGGGAGAGCGAGUUCCGAGAAACGUACCUCGAGCGUCACAAGGCCAUCCUCAAACACAUCAAGGGGGUCGGCAGCGACGUGGUGUGCCUGCAGGAGCUCUGGGUCGCUGAGCAGGAGAUGGUCGACAUGUAUCGAAGAGGCUUGCGGGGGUACCGUAUGUUCACGUUGCCCCGCACGGAGUCGAGGGGGGACGGGUUGGCUUGCUUCGUCAAGGAGGGGAUCGAGGUGCUGGACAGGCAGGACUUGCGGCUCAAGGGCGUCGGCGGGAGAGUGGCGCUGGUGUUGCGGCUAGGCAUCGGGGGAGGGGCCGGGGGGGGGGACAGGCGAGAGGUUGUCGUUGCCAACACCCAUCUCCUGUUCCCGCACGCGAGGACCUACGAAAUUUUGCGAAUUCGGGAGUUGCGGAAGCUCCUCGCCUUCCUGGAGUGCUAUACGCGGACCAACGACCUUGCUCAUCUCCCGGUGGUGCUAUGCGGCGACUUCAACGGGAGGUCUUCGGGGAGAGUCUACCGGCACCUGGCGGAGAGAGGCUUCAGGUGCUCCUACGAGGACAUGCUUGGUCCCGGGGCCGACACAAGCCGCUGGAUCACACACCUUAAUCACCGCGGGGAGGAGGUGGGAGUUGACUACAUCUGGUUCCGCAACCCUGACCCUCGGUUAGAACCUAUGGAGCCCGCCUGGGAAAGCAUCGUUUAUCAGUCCACGAAGCAGCAGCUCCUUUCGUCUUACCCAGAUGAGCGUCCCGAAGAAACACGCUCGUCGGGAGCGGCANCGGCGGCGGCCGCGGCGGCCGCGGGGGUGGCGGCGGCGACAACGGGGAGGGAGGGCGCAGACACCGCUGUCGCCGACGAGGAGGACGCCGACAUAGAGAACACCAGGCUGUCCACGGCAUGCCAGCUGCUUGGGUUGAGCGAAGGCUUCGAGCUAGACGCGGAGGAGCUCCAGCUUCUCCUAGACAGCUCUGACGACGACUUCGACUUCCUCGUCCCCACCAUUCUCGACGGGAGCUCCACCGGGCUGGAAGGGGCACAGCAGUCAGGGUUGGGAGGGGGGGAUGCCUCCGGCGACGCGUGCGGCUCCACCCUGGAGCCGGCAUCCUCGCGAAUAUGGCCGCCGUCCUUGGAGCAAGGCCACUGGCCGUCGGACUACACCAUGAGCGACCACGGCUCCCUGACCACUUCGUUCAGAGUGGCGCCGGCGAGGGAAGGAGCGACCUUGGCGCGGGUCUCUGCAAAGCAGCAGCAUCGGUCCCCAGGGACCGGGGAAAGUUCCCAGGAAAAUUCCGAGACUACUAUUGGCAGUGUGCUUUCUGAGGCCAUGAGCUUUGACGGCACCGCCCAUCACGAAGAUGACGACGGACACUACGGGCUGCGCUGACGGUGCCCGUGGUUUGGCUGGUUCGAUCGAAUCGUGAGUGUAUUCUUUGGUGGGAGAUGAUUGCUACCAAGACUUUUAUUUGUUUCGAGCUGCGCUCUGUUUUUUUGAGCGGAUGGUCGAUGUCUGUUCACGCGGCCGAUGCAUGCAGUACUCUUGUAUUAAUGACGGUGUUGGUGUGUUGAGUCGGAAAGUCCGGCACGCGCACGCUGUGUUGGUUUCUUGGGGAUUCAGUCUGAUUGGGGUGCUGUGUGGGCUUGCGGUUUGAUUUUCGUCAGGGCCAUACGGUUUGUGGUGGUGGUGAUGAGGGGGAGCGGGGGGCGGGGUAGAAAAUGAAUGCCAAUGAUCUACUCGCUUGUUUCGCGAGAAGUUGGCAACAAACGGAUGCGGUGGACGACUGCGGCAGGUUGAUUACGGGCUGUGCGUGCAAGAGGUUCAGGCAGAAAUGAUCACUUGUGUUUGUUUGCGUAUCCGGAGUGUUUCGCGCUUGUUUGCUGCCCUUCCUCUCGAGAUUCUGCCCGCCUCUUUCACCCUUCUUUUGACGCUCUUUAUGUUUCGAGCUUGGCCGCCUUCGUCCGGUGGACAUGUAGUGCCCCCCCCCCCCGCGUUGCUGCUGUUGUUACAUGUAGUUGGCAAUAUUGUCCGGCGAGAACUGGUGGCUUGGAUAAGAUGAGGGCUCGUUGAGAAGGCCGGGGCUGUAUGUCCCGCGUGUUGAGAAUGUUCGUGUUAUAUAGCCCACCGCUUGUAGCUAGCUAGCUGUCGAAUAGCUUCCUCGAAUUAUGUUCACGUUGUGUAUAUAGAACAGCGAGAUGGUGCUCAUUCUAGAGCCUGCACGCAGAUAGACCCUCACAAGCACGGACGGGAGCCAAACAUACAAUUGCUAUAUCUGCUUUUCUUCUUAAUUGUUAUUUGUUAAAAAUUAUGAAGCUGGCAGUGUGUGCCUUCGAAGAGGGGCGGGCACACGUCUGGGUGGGGGUGUCGAAGAGAGGUUGCCGGUCUGCCGUCAGGGUGCGCCCGCGCCGCUUUGUAACCAGCAAAACACCGUCAGGUUGGAGGGUAUGUACAGUAUGUAGAUAGAUGUAGCGCUUCACGGCGAUUCAUGCCUGCCUCCACCUGCCGCUUCUCGUGUUUCUACGAAGAAACGUGGAAACGCAACAGUCAGUCUUGCUUGUUGACGGCCUCUGGCCUCUGUUCUUCGUCUGAGAUGAUUCAGUACGAGUUGGAAGAUAAAAAAUCUCUUGACUGUAUCGAG